ACCCGCAGAAAAAAAUUAUAAGUCGAGUGGUAAUGCAUUAAAAUCAUUUUUCUGCCCUCCCACGGCUUUGCGGUCUGGUCGGCUGCCCCGCUCGACCACCCUUAGUUACUGCUCAGUAUAAGUCAAAGGGCAGUCUCUGUAUUUAGUGAUGUAUUAAAAUUAGUUCACGAGCACUCCCAAGAAGAACUGACUUGGUUGUGAGAGGCUAGAAGAGGAAUGUCGGAUUGAGCCUGAGGAUCUGAGUAAAAACUUCAAAGGAACUAUUUGUAGAUGCCACAAUAAUGACUAAUAAGGCACGGGUUUUAUAUGACUUUACAGCUGAACCUGGAAACAAUGAACUGACGGUGAAGGAUGGUGAGACUAUCACAGUUACUAAUAAGAGCAUUGGAGGAGGAUGGGUAGAGGCAAAAAAUGCCGAAGGACAAAUAGGACUGGUGCCUGAAGACUAUGUAGAGAUUAUUUCCUCUAGUGGACAUGCUAUAGACCUCUCUGCCUUUGAUGCACUGGCACCUGCAACGCAAAACAAUGGCUCUAACCAGGUGGAGGUAUUGGGCUCUGUAGCUCAGUCGGAUACUUCCGAAAGCCCAGCCCCUGCAGCACCAGCCACAGAUCAGGGAAUCAAUAACAAUGACCCCUGGUCCAGCUGGAAUGCUGGUUCUACUGGAAAUUUAACUGAGAACUGGGGAGUGAAACCAGAAAAUACAGAAGCACAACAACCCCAGAACAAAAGCAACUUGGAUCCAGCAGGAUUUGGACAUCCACAGGCUUAUCAGGGCCCAGGCACUGCUGAUGAUGAUGAGUGGGAUGAUGAGUGGGAUGAUCUCAAGUCUUCAGGGGGAUACCCUGAGUCAGAGUCUGGAGAGGGAGGGGGUAUAAAUCGGAGCGGGUCCACAAUGAAAAUGGCGCUCAACAAGUUUCCUGGAUUUUCCAAACCUGGACCGGAACUGUAUCUUUUAUCAAAGCAGCCAGCAAAAACUAAAGAAAAGAUAACUAUCUAUGUUGGCGAAGUUGGUCCAGUGUGGUCAUAUCCUGAAACUCAGUUGGACUGUGUUGUAGCAGAUCCCAAAAAGGGCUCUAAAAUGUAUGGCUUAAAGAGCUACAUUGAAUAUCAGGUGACUCCAAAUACCACCAAUCGACCUGUCAAUCACCGAUACAAGCACUUUGAUUGGUUGUAUGAACGGCUCCUGGACAAGUUUGGAUCAGCCAUUCCAAUCCCUUCGUUGCCAGAUAAACAGGUCACAGGACGCUUUGAGGAGGAGUUCAUUAAGAUGCGAAUGGAAAGGCUCCAGGGGUGGAUGACCAGGAUGUGCCGACAUCCUGUUAUUUCCAACAGUGAGGUGUUACAGCUGUUCCUCAGUUUCCGGGAUGAGAAGGAUUGGAAAAUGGGGAAGAGAAAAGCAGAAAAGGAUGAAAUGGUUGGGGUGAUGGUCUUUUCUACAAUUGAACCGGAAGCGCCUGACAUGGACCUCAUUGAAGUAGAGCAGAAAUGUGAAUCGUUCAGUAGAUUUACAAAAUCCAUGGAUGACGGAGUUAAAGACCUGCUCAAUGUGGGGCAAGAGCACUGGAAGAGGUGUACUGGACCUUUGCCAAAAGAAUAUCAGAAGAUUGGAAAAGCACUACAGAAUCUCUCAGCAGUUUUCAGCAGCAGUGGCUAUGAAGGUGAAGCCACUCUCACAGAUGCCUUAACAGAAGCAGGUAAAACAUAUGAAGAAAUUGCCACAUUGGUGGCAGAACAGCCAAGGAAAGACCUGCAUUUUCUGAUGGAAACCAAUAAUGAAUACAAAGGACUUUUGGGCUGCUUCCCUGAUACGAUCGGAGUUCACAAGGCAGCAAUAGAAAAGGUGAAGGAAGGUGAUAAACUGGUUGCAACAAGUAAAAUAACACAACAGGACAAGGUGACCAUGGCCAAGCGCGUAAGCACUAUGUCCUAUGCAUUGCAAGCUGAAAUGAACCACUUCCACAGUAAUCGCAUUUAUGACUAUAACAGAGUGAUGCAGCUCUACCUGGAACAGCAAGUCAAAUUUUAUGAAACAAUUGCUGAGAAGCUGAGGCAGGCCCUCGGUAGGUUCACCACCAUGUAGAGAAGACUACCAAACAGAAGAAAUCCUUUCUUUGAAUAAGUGUACAGUGAAUCCUAUCAUCUGUAAUGUACUUUAUCUUGGUCAUUGCCACAUUUUAUAAGAAAAAAACCCAAAGUUAUUGAGUUAUUUGCUUAGGUGUUGCAUGCAUAUGGGUUUGUAUUCAAUGGGAGAAGCCUCUAUAUUAUAAUGUUGAUACUAUAAAGUGAUUUUUGUCAACAGACACAUUAUAAAUCAGCUUAAUUAUACACAAUGUAUAUACAUGCUAAUUAUGUUUUUUCUAGCCUAUACUAUUAUUUUAACAUGGGAAAACAAGCCAACUAUUUAACAUUGAAAAGUAAAGGGAGGCCUGGACCAGCAUAAAAAAGUUGGCAUCCCUGAAAAAUUUAAAUACAGGUAUUUUUUAUUUUAUCUGAAAAUAUGUUUAGAAUAAUGGCAUAAACUAUUUUUUUUUCUAUCGACAGAUUUGUGUAACACAAAAUGCCUUAUUACCAUAUAGAAACCUGAUUCCAACAAUAUAUGAAUGCCUUUUUUCAUUAAAUUAUCUUGGAUUGAUUAUUUUUUUUUUUUAAUCCAUGUUGUUUUUGUAGUUUAUUCCAGUAUAUGUGUAGUAUUCAGAUCUUAUUGCCACAAUUACAACACUCAACCACCAUGAGAUACUUGCUUUGCACCAUGUAAAAACACUAUAAGAGAUUAAUAAAACAAAUACAAAUAAAAUGGAAGUGACGUCUGCAUAAUAAUCAUGUUUUUUUUUUUUGUUUUUUUUUAAAUACAUGUCCCUAAGGUUAGGGAAGAUGAAGGCACUGGCACUUUUUAGGCACUGUUUUGUUGUCACAGUUGGUUUUGUUUUCCAAAUACAGAGUAAUUGAAAAGGGGUCUUCCAAAACCAGCCAUCUUCAUGACAAAUUAAUAUGCCUGUAAAUCCUUCAUUUUUUUUACCUACUGAAUCCAUUAAAUGCCAGAGAGACAGCAAAUGAUUUGGGUUUGAUUUCAGCAAGCAGUACCUACACUGGAUAUUUUUAGAGCAUUUUAGAGCACCAUGGAAUCCACCUUAUGCACCAGCCUCUUAUUUUAGGAGUAAUCCCUGUAUACACACAUAUACUGUCUGUGGUUGAUGCAAGCCAGAGUGAUUCCCCAGUGCUCUACAAUGUCAUCAAAAUCCAGUAUGACUUAUCCUGGCAGGGUACAUGUGUGCUGUGAAAUUAGGUAAUUCAAUAUUAACCCUUUAUGACCGAUGAUUGCCCAUCAUUUGGUGCCCCUACUUGUCAAGUUUGCCAUGUCACAUUGUAAUGACCAUAUACUUUUUUACUAAUUUAUAUGAAAAUAGAUUGUGCAAGUCUAAAAGCAUGGCUUGCAAACAGAUAUUUCUUUAAUCUAGUGUGUACCAGAUAUUUGCCAAAAAAAAAAUUUCAACACUGCACCUUUGAGACCUACUGAAUGGAUGUGCAUGGCAGAGAAAAUGUAUGAAACCAUUGUGUUAGCUACAAUUAUUUUAAUCAUUAUUUGCAUUGUAUCACUUUCACCCACAGAAUUAAAUCAUGAAUAUGUUGCUUUGGGGUCGAUUCGUUUUGCAGGACACACAUUAGUACCCAAGUGAUACAGUAGAUAAAUAUAACUGAUGACAGUUGGGUAAAUUAGGGUUUACUGUCAAAAUUGAAUAGCAGCUUUGUGUCAGGAUCCAUUUUAAAGUGUUACUGCAGAUAGUGGAUAUUUUAUAAUAUGAAUUAGACCACACAAGAAGUCAGCAGUGUAUUAAAAAAAAAAAAUCUACAUCAUUUCUGAAGAAAAGUGAUCACUUAAUGAAAUUUAUAAUUAAAGUUCGGGAGGAGGGUCAGACACCAAUCUCCGCAUCAACAAAUUGAAUCAUUGCGACCAUUGUCAGGUCAUUAUUAUAAGACCCAGUGGGAUGGAAUCCAUAGAGGAAAGGGGGCACCAACGGGGGGGGGGGGGGGGUUUGUGUUUGGGUUUUUAUAUUAUGUUGUGUUAUGUAUUGUUCCAUGUUGUUCUUUUCUCUUUAAAUAAAUAAAAAACAUUUGUUCAAAAAAAAAAAAAAAAAAAAAAUUGAAUCAUUCAAUUUACACAUUAGCUAAUUAAGAUUGUUAGCACUAUAAAUACCUUAAGCUAUAAGAGUUUCCUCCAUCAAAAUUUCAAUUUCCGGCAUCCAGUUUUUCUACAAACUCAUUUUCAGCGUCCCAGCUCUACACUCGGCAACUCACAAAUUUCACUAAUCCUGAAAGGGCUUCAACAAUCAGAAUCUCUUUCUCCCCCUGCUAGCCUACCUAUCACCAUCAACGUAUUUUCUUAAAUGUUAGUAGCCUGCCUGGAGGAAGGGCAAUCGAAUCAGCCAUGGAGUCCCAGAGGUUUAUUUCCCAAAAAUGGGUUUUGUUUUCCUCUCCUGCGUGCUGAUGAUCAUUUGUUAAAGGUUGGCUAAACCUUCAAGUGGGCUAUAUUCAAUAUUAAUCAUGGCAUUGAGACCGGCUUGUUCGUUCUGGGGGUCUCAGCCUCGUCCAGUAGGCCAGGCAGCGAGCCCUCAAACGAAGUUAGGUUUGAUGCCAAAUUAAUGUGUACUGUAUAUACAACAUACUUCUCUGUAAAAUCGCAUACUCCGCAUUCUCCACAAUAAAUAUUUGUACUAAAACAUUUUGCGAUUGGUGUUUGUCCUGAACUACUGAAUUUGCAUUUGCUUAGUAUUAGGCGUUGAUCUUCGAAAGAAGGACGCCAAAUGUGUACCAAAGAUUAAUCGACAACCAAAACUUGUGAAGAGCUUUGUCUGAUUUAAGUUAAGCUGGCAUUCUGUGUAAUUUGUACAUCGGAAAUGAUAUUUGUUUAAAGUGCAAAAUAUUCCCAUGCAUUUUUUUUUCAAGCUAUUUACCUUGCCACAGGUGUAUCUGCCACUAGUUACACAUUCAUAUGAAAAAAUAAAACAAAUUCAUGUUGAUGCAAUUUUUAAGCAUUAUUUUGUUUAUAUUAGUACUUCUGUACAUUAUAUGGCUAUGCAUAUGCUGUGUUUGCAGGUUAUGCUGGAAAGAUAUGUUGUAUUGAUUGGCAAACAUUACAUUGUAAAGUUUAGAAAGUAUAUUUACGUGUUUUAUUCUACAGAAGAGGCAUUUGACAGGACACAUUUAUAUGGCAUGACUAGGAAGCCUAAACAAAGGGGGAUUAAUAACAGAAACACAUAUGGUAAGUAUAGUUUUUACAUGUGUACUAAUGUGUAGUGCAAAGUGAUUUGAUAAAUCUGUAGUCAUUUAUUUCCAAUUAUUUGUAUUAUUAUUAUUUAUUAUUUAGCAUUUCUUCCAACCCAAUAAACCUCUUAGUAAAGAUACAUGGUAUUACAAUCCCAAAUUUCAAAUCUUGUUAUUCUUUUCUUUUGUAGAUUUGACUUGUGUCCCGUUUGAUUGUUGAGUGUCAUUCAAUGUCAAUUCCAGAAAUCAUUGAUAGUUACUAACAUGUUUUUUUUUAUUGUUUGUUGUCCAAAUAUUAUGUCAGUUUAUUUAUCUUGCAUUAAGUUUAAAUCUGACAUACAGUAAGUACACUUUUUGCUUGACACUGUGUGGUAGUUGACUGCGAUUAGAGUUAUGUGUCCUGAGCCAAAGUCUUGUUUUCUAAUUUACAAUAUUAUAUUUUAAAAUGUCAAAUCUACAGUAACAUCUGAAAUGUUCAAAUAUCAUCAUUUGUGUGCACAGGACUAUUAAACUAAAUUUAACAAUCUGA